AUGAAAACUGAUGGCAAAUAUAAUUCUGGUGACAUUGAAUAUGCCCAAAGUGAAGAUAUUGGUAUUAUGCGAUGGAAGGAUAGAGGAAGUAAACCAGUGACACUUGUUAGCAAUAUGCAUAACUCUUCAGAUACAUCUACAGUACUGAGAAAAAAUGGUAAAGGGGAAAGGAUUCAAGAUAUAGGUCUACGUGGUCACAAUAAUGUAAUCGAAUAUUCAAAUGAAGACGAACACGACUUAGAAACUACAAAAAAUCAAGGUAAUUUUAAAGAACUUUUAGAUAUACUUUGUUUGGAAAAUGAAAAGUUUAAUAUAAAUUUAAAGUCCCUACCUAAAAAGGCUAAAUAUACUUCAAAUAAAAUCCAAAAUGAUAUUUUAUUUGCGUCUUCAGAUGUCAUUUUACAAACUAUUAUUAGAGAAGUGAAUGAAGGUAGUUCGGUUUAUAGUUUAAUUGUUGAUGAAGCUCAAAGGUUCUUAGGAUUUGUACAAGUAGAAGAAUUAGAUGCACUAGGCCUAACUAAUUCUACUAUCGAAUUUUUAAAUUCAGUUGGUUUAGAUAUUACAAAAUGUAUAAGUCAAUCCUACGACGGUGCAUCAGUAAUGUCUGGUUCUACCAAUGGCGUACAAGUAAAAAUUAGAGAACUUUCUAAAAACAAAUGCCCUUAUAUACAUUGCUAUGCACAUCGGCUUAAUUUAGUUUUGGUCGAUGUUGCUAAAUCAGUUGAGAUUGUUGACAAUACGAUUGGAUCGCUUGAAACUAUUUAUGCAUUUCAAUCGAGUUCAACUUUACGUUAUAAAAUAUUUUCUGAUGUCCAAAAAGAUUGUGAAAUAAUUUUAAAAGUCCCUCAACAUAGUGAUACUAGAUGGGUUGCAAAAUAUAAAGGUGUAUGGACAGUAGACAACAUAUGGACAUCUAGCUUAUCUUUCCAUUUACAAGCAAUAAUAUUUGGAUUUUCAGAAAUAGCAGAUAUAAAAAGAUCUUUUGACAAUUUUUUAGGAAAAACUGGCAUCCCUUUCCUUCUUUUCUUUACAGUACUACAAGCCCCGGUUUUAUGCUCAAAGUUUCCACAACUGUUCCGAUCUUUACUAGUCUAUUGCCAGGAAAUGGGUUUCGGUUAUCACUAA